AUGCUGGAGAACGGCUCCCUGAGGAACUGCUGUGACCCGGGCGGGCGCGGCCGCCUGGGCUUGGCGGAACGGGAGGCGGCGGCGGCGGGCGCCCCGCGGCCCGCCUGGGUGGUGCCGGUGCUGUCCAGCGUGCUGAUCUUCACCACCGUGGUGGACAUCCUGGGCAACCUCCUGGUCAUCCUCUCCGUCUUCAAGAACCGCAAGCUUCGGAACUCAGGUAAUGCAUUUGUGGUGAGCCUAGCUUUGGCUGAUCUGGUGGUGGCCUUGUAUCCAUACCCGCUGGUGCUCUUAGCUAUUUUCCGCAAUGGAUGGACACUGGGUGAAACGCACUGUAAAGCCAGUGGCUUUGUGAUGGGACUAAGUGUAAUAGGCUCUAUUUUCAACAUCACUGCAAUUGCAAUAAACAGAUAUUGCUACAUAUGUCAUAGUUUUGCCUAUGACAAAGUGUACAGCUGUUGGAAUACAAUGUUGUACGUCUCCUUAGUCUGGAUAUUAACAGUAAUUGCAACUGUGCCAAAUUUUUUUGUUGGCUCUUUGAAGUAUGAUCCACGCAUCUAUUCAUGCACGUUUGUACAAACUGCAAGCUCCUACUACACAAUAGCUGUGGUGGUCAUUCACUUCAUCGUCCCUAUCACCAUUGUCAGCUUCUGCUACCUUCGAAUUUGGGUUUUAGUGCUUCAAGUUCGAAGACGAGUCAAGUCAGAAACAAAGCCAAGAUUGAAGCCAAGUGACUUUAGAAACUUUCUUACCAUGUUUGUUGUUUUUGUGAUUUUUGCCUUUUGCUGGGCACCUCUAAACUUCAUUGGACUGGCUGUAGCCAUUGAUCCUACGGAAAUGGCACCAAAAGUUCCUGAAUGGCUAUUCAUUAUAAGUUACUUAAUGGCCUAUUUCAACAGCUGCCUUAAUGCAAUAAUAUAUGGUCUUCUUAAUCAGAAUUUUCGGAAUGAAUAUAAGCGAAUUUUAAUGUCACUGUGGAUGCCAAGGCUUUUCUUCCAGGACACAUCCAAAGGAGGAACUGAUGGGCAGAAGAGCAAGCCUUCUCCGGCUUUAAACAACAAUAACCAAAUGAAAACUGAAACCUUGUAAAUGUGUAAUAGUCAAUACAAGAGUUUGUCAUGGAGAAAACAAGAUCAUAGUUGUAAUGUUCUGGUCAUUCCUGCUUAAUUUUGGGGAGUUUCCACUUGGAUCACACUUUAUGACUGGAACACUGUCUUCAUAGUAAAGCACAUUGCUCUGGAUUAGUGAUUUAUACAAGAUAAUUAUUGAAAAGAUGUUUCAGAAUUAAAGCAGCAGGUGGGUGCAAGCUGUUUUAGUUCUCAGAGCUGAAUCCUGUUUCCAGACAUAUGAAUGAGGUAUUUUUUUACUUCUGCGGGAGUUUUGCAUUCUUUAUACAAGACCAGGAUUCAUUUCUUUGAAGAUGUAGUGAGUCUAUGUGUUCGUCAGAGCUCAUCAAAGCUCUGGAGUGAUAUUUUCCUCUCUACUGUGUCUGAACAGAGGGUGAGACAAACACUAUUUUUCACAUGUAAGCCAAACAUUGCAUUUCUGUGACAAUAAUGGUGUCUUUGAAUCCAAUUUGUAAACUGGAGAGAAGAAUAUUUGCGUAAAAGCAAAUAUUAACAUUAGAGACUUUCCUCACAGGUUCUUCAUACUUACAUACAUUGAGAAUGGGAAUACGCUGUGUCUACUCGCUUCAUCUUUUGUGGUUAAUUUUAUGGUAGAUAAUGUAAUUGGUUGAUUUCUCACAGAUUUACCUUACACAAUAUUCUUCCUUUAGAAAAGAUUGAAUUUUCAUUGAACUUCUUUUAUUCACCAAAAUAUCUGUAUAAAAUGUCAUUUGAUGCACUUUAGCACACCUUACACAUUUGAGACAGACUGGAAAUUACAGCAUAUGACCUGUAAUCAUCUGUACUGGCAACUGAACACAGACAGGAUAUCCUAGAUCAUCUCAAAUGAUGCUAGACCAAAAGAAGAAGCCCGUUUGACUAUAAUGGUAGCUGAUAAACUCAACUCACGUCUACAUCUAAUCUCAAACAAAACCCACUGCUGGUAUCUAACCUACCUAUCUAACCUUCAGGGUUCCCUGAAGUGGAGAUAUGUUUCCUUCCAUCUGUGAUGAUAAACACACAUCCAAAGAUAAGAUUAAUUGCUUUGUGGAGGUGCUGGUCUCCUUUCACUGACUUUAAAAACAGCUUUGAUUAAUAGUUCAAACACCUAAUUUUGGAUAGGUAGAGAGGGAUUUAUCUUGCUUAAUUUGGGAUGAACCCAGUGUAGAUGUUUGCAUUCAAUCUAUUUUCUAAAUGUUCACAGUAGUUCUUAGAGUCCUAGGAAAUUAUUCCUUUUCGUUUGAAACAGAUAUUUUUAUUGAUCAGGGGAGCUAUCAGCAGAACUCAGUAACUGUAUCUUUACUGACUCUAAAAAAGGUCAGGAAGCUCACACACACACAUUUCAGGCAAGGACAGGCCAUCUCAAUUCCAUAAACAGUUUACCUACACUUCAUAUUUGCAGUUCAUAAAAUAAAAGAUUAUUUUCCGCUUUAUUUUUAAACUCAUCUCAAAUUCUGACUGUAUUUCUGCUUUUCCAGGUAACAAAUUGCAACAGUGACUGCGCAGAUCAGAUUACUAUUUGGGUUAUACUCCAGAACAUCAUAGUAAUUUACACAAUUUGGUUGUACUAUCUCAAAAUCAGACUAGGAUUUGUGCACAAGCACAUAGUCAAUGAGCUUAUUUUAUCAUGAGGCUUGAAAUGCACAUUGCUCUUAGCAUUUCUUAGCAAUGCUAUUCAGGGUAGAGGAGCUAGGUUUCUGGUAAAUCCAUGUCAGGGAUUGAAAUGGAACAAUGAGGAAUUCAGGUUGCCAUUACAUUCCAGGUUUCCUGACCAGGCUAUUAUGAAAAAUAUUUCUGCAGUAAUAUUAAUUUGUACAGCAAAUAUACUCCUUCUGAAGCCAUAAAGAUGUAUUAAACACCACCCUUGUAUUGCUAGAGUGAUAGAAAAAUAUCAAAGAACCACAGUAUUUUAAAUGUUCUAUUAGCUUGCCAAAAGCCUAUGUAAAGUACAUCAAAGUAACAAAUGUGAAUAUUAUUUUAACUGCUUUCUUGUUCUUCACAUGAUUUCUGAUAAUCUCAGAAGUCCAGCACCCUCAGACUCAUACAGUGGUGAGCUGAUAAGAAGAUGAAAACUUUGUGCAUAGGGGUAAUGAAGAGAUGGGACAAAUAUAACCUCAUGGCAGAAAAUAAAAAUAUUGUGGCUAAAAGUAGCAAUCAUUAAUAAGUAGGUUUUACCUGAAACAUAAUUUUGUAAGUCUGAAACAAUUUUGAUAGGCAUUGUCUUUUUCCACGAUGUCCACAGCAAGAUAUGGAACACAAAAUCAAUAUACAUGUAUAUCUACAGAGUCAAUAAGAAGUUUCAAAAGUCUCUGAAACUUGUAAGAAAGCAUAUAAAAUUUGAUUCCUGAUUCCUGAUAGUCCAGUUUUCUGACUUCUCUGAGUAGUCAAAAUUGCGAUUUGAAAGUUAAAAUUUGUUGUCUGACUUAUUGGUGAACUAUUAUUAGAAAUAAUUUGAUAGACCUUGGUUUAUCUCUCACUGGAACAAGUCAGAAUAGAGUCCAAAAACAAUUGGUUUAGCUCCAUAAAAUAAAUUUAAAUGUUAGAACCAUUUCGUUGGCCACAAAAAUGAGCUGCUAUCGCUCUCAAUACUCAUGAGGAGCAAACUUGAAAUUUGUAUAAAGUCAUUUUACAAAUUUUAUCUGCUCUUUAAAAAUUAAGUAUCACUUUCAGAAUCCUUGUUCUGAUAUGUUCCCAACCAUCCUAAAUUAAGCUCACACAAAUAAUUGAAUAGCAUCACUGAGACGUGGAAUGGCGUGGUUUGGAAGAAACUAGAAAGAUCAUUUUGUCUCAGCCACUCUGACCCAGUCAGGGACAGCUUCCACCAGACCAGGGUGCUCAAGGCCCCAUCCAGCCUGGCCUUGAACACUUCCAAGGAUGGAGCAUCCACAGCUUCUCCAGGCAACCCAUGCCAAUCGCAGAGAGAACUGUUCCAAAAUCGGAUCUUUCAUCACAGUUGAAGGAAAAUUUCUGGAACAGUGCUAAUUUUUUAGAUGUGGAUUUUAUCACCACAGCAUUACCUGGAAGGGGCCCUGUACUGUAUGGUAGUUGCAAAUCCAAUUUGCUAUUAUUGUGCCAGGUACUGCUACUUGUUGAGUCCUGAUGUAUGGAAAAUAACUCAUGCCUGUUAAAAUAGUUUUUAUACCAUGUAUUACUACAAAGCAUUGCAUUUUAGUUGACCUGGAAAUCAAUCAAAUCCAUAAAAUCUAAAUUUUUAAGUCAAUCAAAUGCAUAAAAAUUAUAUGUAGAUAACCCAAUGCAGCUCUCAAUGGUGAAAAGUUUUUGUGUAGAAAUGUAUAUUUCUACCUAUAUUUUUAUCAGCAGCCUUAAAUUAGUUUUCUCCCUUUUCUUACUUUAAUUCAAAAUCCAUUUUCCCAAAGUUAAGUUUGAAAGAAAAUUCUAUAAAUGCACUAUCAAGAGAGUUGAUAUGGUUGUAGCAUGAUUUGAAAGUAUAGUCAGGAGGAACAUAUCAGCUCUGAAAAGAUCUGUGUGUGUUUGAGGAAAUUGUUACUUUUGUUAUAUAAAAGUAUUUACACCAGCAUAUCUGAUAUAGGCACUUUAAGAAAAAAGAGGAAAAAAAGUCAGGUAGACCCUGUGUCCUGCACAAGGUAACUAGUGAAGGAAAAACUAGGGCCUCAGGGAAAAAGUCUGUUUCCAGAAAAUGUGGAGUGUUUUCAAACCUUUAGUGUUACCUUGAUUGAAAACUGUUGUAUUUUCUGUUAAUUAAAAGAAGUAAAUGUAUUCUAGAACUGUUCUUACAAUAGAUUUCAGAUUAGAAAAAAGCUUACUCCCAUGUAGAUGUGUGAAGUGCAGUUGUAAAUUCUGUUACGGUAAAGAGAGAAGUGGAGGUCUGGUAAAGUCUAAAUGAGACUGAAACAAUGCAUUAAUCUUAUCCUGUCUCUCUGUGCUAGUGAAAAUAUCACUCUCAAGGAAGAAUUAAAACUAAAGGCACAGUCCUAUUAAUGUUGACUUUGAUGAGAUUUCUGAUUAAAUUAUUGACUGAAUGGAAUAAUUCUGCCUGGCUCAUUCUCAGGAGCAGAAACGUUUUUCUGUUUCUCCACUUCUUCCUUUAAGAACGUACUUGGAUAAAAAUUAUUGUUUUCAUUUCCCAAUUGUAUUUUAACGAAUUGAACCAGUCUGGGAAUUUGCCAAUGAAUAAAUAUAUAUGGAAGAUUGUAUAUAUUUCUUAAUAUGUAUAUAAAACAGUUUUGGUCAUCAGAACAAUUUGUUGCACUUAAAGAUGUUUACAGAUUUAAUGGAAAAUGAGGGAGACGAUUUAUUUUCAUUCAUCUAUUGAAAUGUUGCUAGUUUAACUGGAUCUUGCACAUCAUUAUUAUCUAUAAUAAUAAAUCAAUAUUUUACCUCAUGUU